UCAAACAUGCAUGUAAACAAUACAUAUAAAAAAUGAGCUCUACAUCUUCUUGCUGUGAUUGGAAUAUUGACAUAUUGAAAAAUCUCAUUAAAAACACUGCUGAAUUAGAUGUUGUAAAAAUCAUACAUAUAAUAUUACAACUAAUAUCGUUCUUUAUUCUCAUCGUGUGUUUGGUUGCGGAUCAGUGGUUGUCAGGAGAUACUGGUCACCAAGGUCUUUGGAAUGUCUGCUACACAAACGGAACAUCUUCGUGCUGUGGGAAACUUGAUGAUGUCGUUGGUUAUAAAGAUUUUAUUGGUGCAACACGAGCUUUUUUAAUUAUUGAAAGUCUGAUUUUCCUUGCCAUAUUUUAUACCAUAUACAGAACAGUAUAUGAGAAAGAUCCAGUUUAUCCUGUGGCUACUAUUUUAACUAUUGCUAUAGGUAUUUGUACUUUCCUGUCUAUAACAAUUUAUGGAGCACGUCAUGGUGAUGUCAGUAAAAGCACCACCAGUACGAUGACGUUGAGUGUUUCCUACAUAUUCUGUGCGCUAAAUCUCGGUUUACAGAUUAUUUUUGCCGGAUUUGGGUUAUAUUUAUGUGACUAACGGAAUUCACGAGUUAAUAUUUGAAUACAGUUCUGUGUUUUAAGUCCGAUUUCCAAAUAAUGUACAGUCAUAUCAGUACAUAACUGUAUUUGCCAAUUCAAAAGUUUGAAACCUGUAAAAUAUAAUCAUGAUUAUUGUCAAUUGAUUUGUUAAUCUAGACUGUAUGUCAAUUAAAAAUAAACUUAUG